CGCAGUACGACGCUCUUUAUUAUGAUGUAGAACAUAAACCAUUGAACUGAUUGAAGGUGGCGAUACGAUGAAAUAACUUCUCAGAGUCCAAUGAAGUCUCCAUCAUUAGCAAUUGUGAAGUUUUUAGUUAAAUAUUGCGGUGCUGACUUAAGUUGUAAAGAUGAGUCAGGAAAAACUGUGUUACAUCAUGCUGUUGAUGUUGGUGAAACAGACGUUGUCAAAUAUUUUGUUGAACAAUGUGGCGCUGAUGUAAAUGACAAGGAUAAUAAAGGGUGGACAGCGCUGAACAAUGCUGUUACUGAAGGUUCGCUGGAAAUAGUAAAAUGUCUUGUUGAACAUGGCGCUGAUGUAAAUGACAAGGAUACUGGCGGAUUGACAGUGCUGCACUCUGCUGUUACUAUAAAAGGUACGUUAGAAAUAGUAAAAUAUCUUGUUGACAAUGGCGCUGAUAUAAAUGGCAAGGAUACUUACGAAUGGACAGUGCUGCGCUCUGCUGUUACUAAUGGUACGUUAGAGAUAGUAAAAUAUCUUGUUGAACAUGGCGCUGAUGUAAAUGGAAAGAAUAAAUACGGAUGGACAGUGCUUCACGAUGCUGUUACUAAAGGUACGCUAGAAAUAGUGAAAAAUCUUGUUGAACAUGGAGCUGAUGUAAAUGGCAAGGAUACAAACGGAUGGACAGUGCUUCACUAUGCUGUUACUGAUGGUACGCUAGAAAUAGUAAAAUAUCUUGUUGACCAUGGCGCUGAUAUAAAUGGAAAGGGUAUUUACGGACGGACAGUGCUGCACUCUGCUGUUACUAAAGGAUACUAA